AUGAAUAGUCGGAAGAAUUUUGGACCGUCCAUCUACCAGCAGCUUCUCGAGAAGCUCGAUGAAGUCACCAAGAAGCAGAAGCAAUCUGAGAAGGAUUUCCCGACAUCCCCCUCCUCCCCCACGAUCUACGACCUCUGGCGAGGCUUGCACCCUUCCUCCUCCUCAACCUUCGGCUGCCCCCACUGUCCCCACUGCACCUCCCCUCUGACCCCUCACUUCCCGCAGCUCCCCCCAGCGCCCCUCCUGACGUCCUUGAACAGCUGCCAGACCCAUCUCCAGUUCAUCAACGCCAUCGUCUGGGCGAAGUCCCUGAUGACAGCCUCCCCACUUGUCCCAAUCACCGAGGUGAAGAGGAUCCUCAAGGCCCUCGUGGAGAUCGAAGAAGACACGCCCCCGAGGCUCACAUCCCAGGUGGAGGUUCCAAGGGGGUCAUCUACGGAGACUAGACAGCCUUCCCUCCUGCCCCCCACCCUCACGAUGAUCCUGGAGGUGCCCCCAGGUGCUCAGGAAUCUCGAAAAGGAUCUGGGGAACACGAGAAACCGAAGGAAUCCUCGUCUUCACGGGGAAACGAACACCUGAAGGACUCGGAAUCUUCAGGAAAUCGAGCCAAGAACACGAUUGUUCUGGAGAAGACGGAUCAGGAGGUGUCAGCAGGCUUCCAGAAGCCAAAAGGACCUGGGGAGCACGAGAACCCGAAGAAAUCCUCGUCUUCAGGGCAGGGGAAGCCUCAGGAAAACUCUGAAUCCUCACAAAGUCAAGUGAAAAGAAGGAAAUUAGAGGAAAAUGACAGUGCAGUUGUCCUCUCUGAAUCCCCCAGCAGAACCUGGGCCUCCGACAAUCGGGAUUUACCCCAGGAUUAUCCGAGGAAGACAGUGAUCCCUGACAGUGACGAAGAGGCGAGUCAGAUGACCCCAGACAUGAGUUUCGGGGGGUCUUAUGAGUGGAAUGACUCCACCAAGGACAGCGGUCUCGAGGGCGACGCGGAGCCAUUGCCUCCAGGUCUUGAAGAUGUUCUCCAGGAAGUCUGUGAGUUUGUGCAGGAGAUCGAGGAAGAGGAGGACGAGGCCAUCUCGUCGGUGGAGUUGUCUGGAAUUCUCCAGGAUUUGCCCGUCAUUUCGGUUGCCUUGAGCAUCGUCAGGAACGCACUGAGGGCUCUGGAGGCUGAGGACUCGGUUGAGUAUUGCUGGAGGGAGGGCGGCAUUGUGCAGAGGGCGGUCAAGGAGAUUUUGGGAUUUAUUGAUACUGUUGCUGUGGAGGAGUACAAGUAUCCUGGGUAUUUGGACUUCUUUGUUAAGUGCUCGGUGCAGACUGUGGUCAAUGUCUUCGAGAGGAAUGCCGGGGAGAGUCACGUGGGUGUAAAAAGGUAUCACCACUUGAGAACAACCCUCGAGCUUUGCAACUGUCGACCAAUUUGUGAAGAAAUAAUCUCCUACCUCUUCCAGUCCUUAUCAAAACUAUCCGACGAAGAUUCAACACUAGAGGAAUCCCCAUUCAUCGUGUCAAGUCAAUCGAAAAUGUGUCUCAUCCUGGACACUCUCUACAUGACAUUGGAAAAAUACCGCAGCAUCAUGAACUCGGACCCCGCGCAGCCAUCCCUAGAUUUUUUUCAUGUGGGGAUCGUUAAGCCAGCAGAGAAAUUAUUAAACUCGUGGGAGAUCCAUAUGAACAAUUUUGUUACUAAAAAUCUUGAAGUUUGUACAUGGAAAGUUUUAUUCCUGGAGAAUCUCUUUUGCAAUCUGAAGACUCAGUUGAAAGAAAGGAAUCAAAUUUAA